AUGACUGAAAGCGGAGGCUCUCUGUGCCAGGUGAAGCAGUUUCCCUGCCAAAGCGUCCCCAUUUGUCGCCUGCAGACCAACGGGCACCACGGGCACAACAUCGCCCACCUCGCUCAGCAGCCGUGGGUCAUCCAUCCAGCCCCAGCAGUCGCCUCCGGCCCCUCUGUGGCUGUGAGAAACAGAGUAAACACCGCCACCGCUGCUACCUGCAGCAGCCCCGACUGUGUGGCCUCCAGACUGGGAGAGGAAAAGCACCGAGGUGUCCCAAAGGGGAAAGUGGUAGUGACGGGAGGAGGGGGAUACUUUGGUUUCAGGCUUGGGAGACAACUGGCAAAUGAAGGGUUUUCAGUAAUCCUUCUGGACUUGAAUAAGCCUCCCUGUGAUAUUCCCGAUGGAGCGACAUUCUAUCAGAGUGACAUUCGAGAUUAUUCUUCCCUGUAUAAAGUGUGUGAAGGGGUUGACUGCAUGUUCCACACGGCGUCUUAUGGCAUGUCUGGCCCAGAGCAGUUGAGGAAAGAGCAGGUGGAGUCCGUCAACAUUGGUGGAACCAAUAACGUCAUAAAUGUGUGUAAGGAGAGGAGCAUCCCCAGACUGGUGUACACCAGCACCAUCAACGUAGUGUUUGCAGGGAAACCGAUUGUGGAUGGUGAUGAGGCUUCGGUGCCAUAUGUGCCCCUUGAUGCUCAUAUUGACCACUACUCCAGAACUAAAGCGAUUGCGGAGCAGAUGGUCAUCGCAGCCAACGGGGGCUCCCUCAAAGGUGGAGGCCUGCUGCGCACUUGCAUCCUGCGGCCCUGUGGCAUCUACGGACCAGAGGAGAGAAGACACCUACACAGAGUGAUGAUGAACGUGGAGCGUCGGUUGUUCAGUUUCCGGUUUGGUGACCCCCGGGCUCAAAUGAACUGGGUGCACGUAGAUAACCUGGUACUGGCCCACAGGCAGGCAGCUGAGGCCCUCACGCUGAAGAGGAGCUGUGUCGCUAGUGGACAGGCCUAUUUUAUUAACGAUGGCGUUUCGGUCAAUCUGUUUGAAUGGUUGAUGCCUUUGUUUGAGAAGCUGGGCUACAGCCAGCCGUUGAUAAAUCUGCCAGUUUCACUCGUCUAUUCAGCAGCCAUCCUGGUGGAAUAUCUGCACGUGGUCCUGAGACCGGUGAUAACAGUGCCGCUCCUUUUCACCAGAAGUGAGGUCAGGAACAUCGCAGUGAGCCACACUUUUAAAAUUGACAAGGCCCGCCGAGAUCUGGGCUACAGCCCGAAGCCUUACUCCCUCGCAGACUCCGUGGAGCAAUACCUGAAGUCUCGACCGCCUCGCAACACCUCGUCGCUUUUCAGCCUGUCCCGGACCUCCCGGCAGCCCCGGCGGCUUUUUCUGCUGCUUCUGAUGGGUUUCAGCGUGGUGAUACUCAUGCUAUGUUGCGUAAUUUGUCAGAACUAA